AAAAAAUCAAGCUCAGUUGAAAAUCGGCCGUCCAAGGGUACCUGUCCAUGUCCGCGAUUCUGCAGUACGCUCUGGGUUUCGCAUUGGUUGGGUUAUGUUGGGGCUCAUCCAACCCGUUCAUCAAGAGAGGAAGUGAAGGGCUAGAGGCUGUGUCUAAGAAAUAUCCUGAAGGCGGAUUUCGUAGGUGGAGAGCUGAGAUGGUUUAUUUGUUCACGCGAUGGCAGUAUGUGUUGCCAUUAGUAAUUAAUCUCAGUGGAUCAGCAGCUUAUUACUAUACUCUUGGAAAAGCAGAUUUAUCAUUGGCGGUGCCUAUAACUAAUUCCGUCACCUUCAUAUUUACGUUACUGACUGGCAAACUACUCGGUGAGCGCGUUGGAGGUGUAGACGCAUGGGCCGGAAUAUUUAUGAUCAUCCUAGGAAUUCUCAUUUGCGUUAGUAGCAGACUAGAAUAGAGGAAACCUUAUAACCAUGGCCAUUGGUCUGGACCUUAUUGUACAGUAGUAACGAAGGUUCAGUGUCACUCUACCGCUUAAGUAGCCAAUAUAUUCAGUACUCAGCACAUUUACCAUAUAAGACUUAUAAUGAGCCAAAUGCC